AUGAAUAUAAGCUCCAAGGCUAGAAACCGCGAAUUGGAAUUGGACUCAAACGAGUCCUUUAAUCAACCGGAAUUCGAAGUUGAAAAUGGGCGCAUUAGACCAGCGUCCAACGAGACGAAAAUUCGCCAUAAUCUGCAGUUCUUACUGAAGGCCAUUACGAAACUCGAUUUGGUAUUCGAAAAUGUAGAAUGUUAUGGUCAGGAAAUACCGUGUAUUCGUUCCGUGCGCGAACUAUCCCGCCGCCUGAAAAUUCAACUUGGAAACGACUAUGGAACUUUUAAUAGGGUCUUGGAGGAGUUGUGCCAAGUACAAGUCCGCGGAAUCUCGCGUGUCGUCACGCGCGUGGAACGAUUGCGCGGAAAUGUCGCGAAGAUGGUGCAAGAUGAUGCGUGUUACUUGAAGUAUCUCGAGGAUGUCAGGCAAUGCCUUGGUGAAAUGAGCGGACUGAUUGAGACAAUAUUGAAUGUCGAGUAUGGAAAGAGAUAA